AUGACUGAUGAUACGCACGAGCUAGCAUCCCCAGAAAGCGUUCUGGAAGCGCUUCGUGUGCAUAUCCAGCCCACCCUCAUCGUGACGAGAAUUCCAAACGUGCUCAAGCUAUACGCCCAUCUCGAGCUCGUCAGCGACGCGCUACAAGAGCAAGCAGCGAAGGGCCUCGAGAUCGCCAAGGAUGGCCUCGAGGCCGAGGCGGACAUCUCGAUCCUGAAACGCUGCGCGAAGAGGGACAGAGGGUACAUGGUCAUGCUCCCGUGGCUGCUAUGCAAAGCCCAUCUGCGCCUGAUCAUCAUGUCCCCGAAGACCGCGCACCAGGACAGCGCCCCAAACGUCCUGGACAACUACUUCCCCCCGAGCUCGGCGAUUAGCGCCACCGAUCCUGACAAGCUCAGCAUCUUCGUCGGCUGCCUGCGGCCCGACGACGUGGACCUGAUGGACGAUUGGAGGACGGAAGUGUCUUCGUGGAUCAAGGACGCGUCCCGGGCGCGCAAUAAUGGCCUUCCCCCGCCCACCAUCGAUCCGGUCCUCACGCCCAAGCCGUCGACUGCCGGUGAACCCGGGGACAAGGACAUCCAGACGAUCGCCGACUGGAUGCUCAAGGAGGCCGAGGCCAUUGUACGCCUCGCUCAUGAGUACAACGCCAUGUUCGACACCCCUGCCGCUCCCCAGGCAUGAAGCAGUCAAAUGUUCCGCGGAAAAUCUUGCAACAAGUCAUGUAUCGCCCACCCGCGCCCACCGGCCACCAGGCCGCGUGCCUCCGACACGACCUCGUCUCGCCUCGGCUCUAAUCGCCACGCUAGAAACAACCGAGCUCGCCGCUUCCACUGCCGAGACGACCACAUCUCCCCCCUCGCUACGCUAGAACCCCCCGAGAUCGCCGGCUUCGACUGCCAGAUCGCCCCGUCGCUACGCUAGAACGAGAUCGCGAUUGCUCUCGUCGGCGCCGUACUGAGCGACACACAACCGACCCGAGGCCAGACCGACUACCGCGAUCACCAUGUUGUUUGUACUGUACCAUA